AUGACAAACUUGGAAGUGAUCGUUUUCGAAGUGAAAAACAAUAAACCAAUCGUUUUGACGGGACAAACAACAGCUCAUGGACCACCGACAACAAUCGAUUCAAUCACAAACUCGAAAGCUGAAACUCUCAGCUAUAAAAAUGGAAUCCUCAUGGCUACAGUAACCCGCCCGCUGUCUUUGAUCAGCCCAAGAAAUAACAACUUGAGCGGAUGCUCGCAAUGGAAUGUGAGUUGGAGAAAAAGUGUAGCUUGGGCUCGUUUG